CAUCACAAAAACCACCACAUGAAAGAGGCCCCAAAUGUUUGAAAAACAGCUCUGAUGCCUUUUGGAACAACACAUGGUUAAUAUGUAACACUCAGAGCACACUUGCACUUUGUAUCCCCAAAUAAUAGAUGGAGCUUUCAGACUUAAUCUUGCUCAAGCUGAAUGUUUGUGUGCCAAAACCUUCUCAGACUCAAAAUAUGGCGGUACACAAAAUGAAGAUGGGAUUUAUUGUCAUUGUAAUCUACAUGUGCUUCUUCGCUCCGGUCCACCAAGCACAGCCUUCAAGUGCCACCAUCUCAGAUCUUUCCUUAAAAAAUAUGGACUUUGCCAUGAAUCUUUACAGAAAAAUAUCCAACUACCAUGACAAGAACAUCUUUUUCUCCCCUCUGAGCAUCUCUACUAGCUUUGCUGCUCUCUUAAUGGCUUCUGAUGGUGACACACACAAAGAAAUGCUGGAGGGACUCAACCUGGAGCAGCUGGAACGGGCUGACCACCCACAACUUAUCCCAGAACUCUUUCAACUCCUUAAUGACAACAUCACACAGAACGGAUCACUAAAACUGGACCAGGGCAUGGCUCUCUUUAUACGCCAGCAGUUUGAGGUGGAGACGAUGUUUGAGGACCAAAUCAAGAAGUUUUUUGAUGCUGACAUCAAAAGAGUAGACUUUGCGGACACAAAAGGGAGUAUCAGCUUCAUCAAUGAGUAUAUCAAGUGCAAGACCGAGGACAAAGUGAGAAAGAUGAUUUCCACCCUUGAUGCAAUGACCCGAGUCAUGUUAAUCAACACAAUUUUCUUCCAGGGAGCCUGGCAGAUGCCUUUUGACUCAAAUCAUACUCAAAAUGCACCCUUCUACAUUGACAACUAUAGUGUUGUGCAAGUGCCGAUGAUGUUUAUAGAGGAUAAGUUCUACAUGAUGGAAGAUGUUCCUCUUCGUGCCAAAGUGCUGAAGCUGCCAUACCAGGAAGGUGUCUCCAUGCUUAUUGUGCUACCCAACAAAGGCAUGGACUACACUGUAAUUGAUGAUGAGAUUUCUGCUGAGAAGUUUCUCAGCUGGAUCAAAAAGCUGCAAAAAACCAAACUGGAAGUCAACAUGCCCAAAUUCAAGAUGGAGCAGUCGUAUUCCCUCCACAGCCUUCUACCAGAUAUGGGCAUUGCCAGUGUCUUCAGUAAUUCAGCCAAUCUGACAAAGUUGAGUAAGGAAGAAGGCCUCAAAGUGUCAGAGGUGCUGCACAAGGCUGUGAUUGAGGUGGAUGAGACCGGGACCACUGCAGCAGCCGCCACAACCAUUGGCAUUACUCCAUAUUCCUUACCCAGGACCUUCAUUGUCAACAGACCAUUUUUCUUCUUCAUAUACCACGAAGACACAAACUGUCUGCUGUUUAUGGGCAGGUUGAUUGACCCUAGCAAAGAGUAGCAGUCAUGACUGUACUGUUUGAGUGCUUGCACACAACAUUGUGUUUUUUCAGGCUUUUAAAGGGCUUAAAUUCACCUUAAAAGGCUUGUGCUGGUCUGUUCUGUAAGCCUACUAUUAUGUUAUCCCUAUUAAUAAAGAACUGACAUUA